GCGCAUGAUUGCAACACUGAACCUGAGGAAACACGCCUAGUGUGCACGUCACGUGAUGUAACCUGAGCAGCGUCUGCAGGUUAUCAAUCAAUACUCAGGCUAGAGUUUGCGCUUCACUCAAGCUCAAUCACUUUAAUAUCUAGUUUACAGAUAGAGGUCUGCGCGUGUGGGCAACACGAUGGCUGAAGAUGCCUUGUUUGCCAGUGAUUACGAUGGUCCAUGUCCUCUGUGUGAGGAAGAUGAGCAGAGAGGGUAUUGUAGAUACAGAAACACAGAGCAAGAGAACGAGAGAGAAAAAAACAGCGAUGGAGAAGUGGAAGACAAACAGUCACAGGAGUUCAAGAGGGACGCUCAGGUGAAACUAGAGAAAAUAGCUGAGGAGAAUUGGACAGUAGUUCAAGAACCUGAAGAGAGGAAAAAAGAGACGAAAGAGGAAGAAAACACAACUGAAGAUGUCAAACAGAAAAAUGAAAAGGGCACAGAUGACGAAGAGACAAACAAGAAAGUAGAUAAUGUAGAAACCGAUGAAAACUAUAACAACAAUGAGCGGGAAAGUACAUUAGCUUUCAAAAAUGAUGAAAAUAAGACAGAUGAUGAUAAUGAUGCAGAGGCAAGCGACUUGCUGAUGCCGCCUUUAGAGGAUGAGUGCAUUUUGCAGAUGGGCCCAGACUGCACCAUAGACCUGGUGAUGGUGUGUGAUCAGUCGGUGGAGAGGUGUAUGAAUGAAGACCUUUUGUUAUGUCCCCCCAAAUCUUCAGAUCUCCCCCAGCAGCCUCCAAUAAAAUCUCCACCAAGACCGUUGUCUAUCACAUUACCUCCUCAAAAUGCAACAAUACUUCCCUUUCAGCCUCAGUCUCUACUUCAACCUCAGGUUCCAACACAGGCUCCAUGCUUGGGCAAACGGCCCUAUGGAAGCAGCACCGAUGUACCCACAGGACAGCUGGAGGUGACGCUGCGGCAGGUUUACAGCACUCGCCGCUACACCCGUUAUGCUAGCAGAACGGCCCCUCUUAUAUCUCUGGCCUCGGUUGGUGGAGAGACCAGCAGUCAGGGUUUACCCUCCAUCAGCAUGGAUGCUCCUCUAAUGCCACCGAAGAAAAAAACUCGCACUUUCUACAGCACCGAUCAGUUGGAGGAGCUGGAGCGUGUAUUUCAGGACGAUCACUACCCUGAUGGAGACAAGAGAAAGGAGAUUGCUGCCGCCAUCGGUGUUACGCCCCAAAGAAUCAUGGUGUGGUUUCAAAACCGCCGAGCCAAAUGGAGAAAAACAGCAAAAGCCACAGGAAAAAAGCCACCUGCUAGUCGUGGUCAACUUUGUGCCCAGGGUAACAGGCCACCAAUUUUCUCAGCUCCUGCUGUUACAUCUCAACAUGCCAAGACUGGAAAAACACUUCCCCCCUACAGUACCAUCCGGACCAGCUGCACCAGUCCACCAGGUCCAGCUUGUGUUGAUAUGACACCUUGUGUGUCUCAAGGAGGUUUUUUGGAGUACAUGCCCCCUCCCAUGCACAGUCCUCCUCCGAUACGACGUGCCUCCUUGCCUCUUAUCACGGCAUACAACCCUCCUACUCACACCGUGUCCCUGCUGCUGGACACACCUGAACACAGCGAGCCUAGCUCUGCAGACACAACCCCGCUGAGUUUGCAGACUGACACCGGGUUUGACUAUGAUGGCUACAUGACUUCUGCUCCACAGAACAGCACUUUCCAGCUCAACACAUUUCCUCAACAGUCUAACACCUUAUUACCUCAGCAAACAAACACUCUGUUACCCCAACAAACCAGCUGUCUUAUGCCCCAACAGUCCAGCACAAUGUUGCCCCAGUACUCCCACCUGUCGUACCUCACACCCUCUCCUUACCUCACGCCCAACCCCACCGAGAGCAGCAGUGCUCCUUAUCUGCCCCUCACCUCAGGAAACAACAACACCCUGCCUGCAUACACCAGUAGCGGACAUGCGUAUCUCCAGUCUCAAACCAGCAACCAGAUGCUGUUACAGUCAGGAGUUCAUGCAUUUCAGGCCUACCCUUGGACUACUGAUAUGUAUAGUCAGUCGGGUCAGUAUACACAGGCGGUGUUUCGGCCACAGUUAUCGUCACAGGGUCAUGAGAGUCAGUACUCCCAGCUCCUGCCCCAGCAGCACUACGUUCAGCUCGAAGGAGCGCCGUCGCAGCCCAGUCUGCCCAAACCCACCCCUGACCCCCUGCUCCCCAAUGUCAAAGUGGAGUCUGAAGACAUGGGACACAGCCAGCCAAUCAGAGUCAGUGAGGCAGAGCCUAACUUUCAUUGUGAUUUCUCACCAAUUGGCUUUUAACAACAGCAGGGUACUGACUGUGGAGAUCUGCGAGCGAUAUUUUUCAUUUCUUUAUAUGUUUGUCUUCUGUUUUUUGUUGUGGUGUGCAGGAG